AGGCGAGCGCGCCCAGGCCGGCCCUAGGCGCCGCGGGCUGCGGCCGGAGCGACACGAUGCAUGCCUUCCCGGGCCGAGCCGCCCUCCUGCUCCGCGCUGUGCUGAUGGCUGCGCUGCUGGCCGCGGGCCCGGGGCUCCCCCUGAGGAAGCGGGGCCCGGGACCCUGGCCCAGAAGCCAGGCGAGGCUGACGGAGACCCCAACCUCCCUCCCUGGGGAAGAGAAGGCGCCGCUGCUGCUCCCCAGAACCCACCUGCAGACCUUGCUGUGCAGGCACAAGUGCCAGACUCUUCCCGAGCCAGCAGCCGUAGCCCCGGGUGAGGGCACACCUCCCAGGACCCUGGAGGACACACCUUUGCUGCUGGAGCUGCAGAAGCUGCCAGGAUUGGCUAACACAGACUUGAGCGCCCCAAACCCUAACAUCCAGGUGACCAUCGAGGUAGUGGAGGACCCACAGGCCGAGGUGGAGAUGGACCUGCUGGCCGAGCCCAGCAAUCGCUGGCCCCAGGGCGCUCCUAGGUGGCUGACCACCAAAGAGCUCUUCUGGCCCCUCUUCUGGAGCUACCUGGAGGGUGAAGAAGGAGCCACUGGCCUCAAGGGAGGAGCCCCAGGGGAAGAGGAGGAAGAGGGAGAGGAGCAGCACCUUGCAGAGCACGGGGAGCCUGAGGACCAGGAGGACAAGGAGGAGGAGCUGUGGUCCAGUGGGGCCACACAUGGCUGGGACCAGGGCUGGCUGGGCCAGGGGGACUGGGCCUUCAAGGAGCCAGAUAGCUACGACUAUGAGCCUCAGGAAGAGUGGAGCGCCUGGUCUCCUUGCAGUGGGAGCUGCAGCAGCGGCAGCCAGCAGAGGACUCGGCCCUGUGGCUACGCCUGCACUGCCACUGAGUCCCGUGUCUGCAACCUGGCCCCCUGUCCUGGCGCUGAGGACGAGGACACCUUGGGCUUCCCCAGUGAAGGGUGGCAGCCCCUGGCCCACAGUGCUAUGGACAUGCUUGGCCCAGAUGUGAACAGCUGUGAGAAGUGGCUGAACUGCAAGAGCGACUUCCUAGCCAAGUACCUGAGCCAGGUGCUGCGGGACCUGCCCAGCUGCCCCUGCACCUACCCCCUGGAGGCCGCGUCCAGGCCCGUGAGCCUGCAGGACGAGCACCAGGGCCGCAGCUUCCGGUGGAGGGACGCCAGCGGCCCGCGAGAGCGCCUGGACGUGUACCAGCCCACGGCACGCUUCUGCCUGCGCUCGCUACUGUCGGGCGAGAGCAGCACCCUGGCCGCCCAGCACUGCUGCUACGACGAGGGCAGCCGGCUGCUGACCCGCGGCAAGGGCGCAGGCGCGCCCGACCUGGUCAGCACCGACUUCUCCCCGGAGCUGCACUUCAAAGUGGACACGCUGCCCUGGAUCCUGUGCAAGGGGGACUGGAGCCGCUAUCACGCCGUGCGGCCGCCCAACAAUGGCCGGGCCUGCACCGACAACCCCCCUGAGGAGGAGUACUUGGCCCAGUUACAGGAGGUCAAGGAAUACUAAGGAAGGCUGCCAAGUUGACCGAACUCCCCAGCCCUUCUCCUCACCCUUGCCCAGACAACCGUGGGAGGUCGUCUGGCACUGCGUGUCCCCUGCCUGUGACCUCCGGGCAGGUCAGAGCCCCUGGGUGUGCUGUGGGGAAGGUGGAUGGGUGUACAGAGCCCAGGGUCUGGGGGUGUGGUGGAAAUGUGUGUACCCUCCUGUGUCUCAGGGCCUCCUCUCCUAACUACCCGGAAAAGCUACCACCCCCUGGGCUCUUCUGCCCUGGCUCUGCACAUAGGGGUGGCCAGAGCAUUCCAGACCCAUCCUGAUUGCCAGGAGCCGCUGUGAAUCUCUCAGACCCCCAUCCUGGCUGAGCCACCCAUUUCAUCUGGCCCUACAGCGGCCCCUUGCUGGGCCUGUACCUGGGUGACCACACUUCCUUGACAGGAUGGUGUAGAUGGCUCCUCUCAUCCCACCCCUGCCAUGCAUCACUGCAGGAGAGGCGUCUUAGCCCCGAGCUGCCCUCUUCUGGAGGACACAUGUUAGCCUGGCCUGAGUGGACAGACAGGCUGAGGCACACCCCAGGCAGGGAGUGGGUCACUCAAUUCUGGUCCUUCAUUGUUCAGCACCUUGUGUUCCGCCCAGUGGUAGGGAUUUGCGGGGUUUGGGGUGGGCUCAGGAAGGUGUCAUUUACCUGUGGUGACUGUAAACCAGAAAUCCAUUGGAGGGGCUGAUUUGCAGCAUUUGGGCAGUUUCUGUUGGAUUUACACCACUGUGGUGUCUCUGAGCACACUGGUGCAGAAUUGGGUGGAAAAAGCAGCUCUCUGAGCACAUCCUGUUCCUCUUCCUGGCCUCCCACCAUCACCCAAACCAUACUUCCUUGCCUUUUAGGGGGCUGAGAUGUAGAAGCCCCACCUGUCCCUGUUCACAAAAGCCUGCAAAAAGGUAAGGGACUUCUAGACAGCUGUCCUGAAGCUCUCUGGUAUCCUCAGCAAUAAAGCACUUUAUUUUCCA